UCUUAGUGAGCUACUCCUCAGUACUAGCUUUGCCCCAACUCAAGUUUUAGCACUCUUAGCGGCCUAAACCCCGUAAAAGGAUAAAAACAAACGAGCAGACACCAUGAAGUAGUUGAUCAGAAGGUCAAUGUAAGGACUUUGACUAUGUUCAUCAAUAGCCUUGUAUUGUUGUUGUCCAGCGUCUUUCGAGUUCGCAGAAGGGUACAACAAUCGCCGCUAUAGAUCCAAUUUUGUACUUGUUCACCUCCGUUGGACUUCUAGGAUGUAACCUCCGCGAAACUUACACAUGGGGUUUGCAAAAGAUUCGCGCAAUUAAUAUAGAGCUCCUUUGCGAAGAAUGAUGACAUUAUAUAUAUAUAUGUUCGUGUGUGUGUGUGCAAAUCCAUGUUUAGUCCAGAUGCUUGCAGGAUCAUUUUUUGUUGUUUCUUCAUUGUUUUGAGCGAGCCAGCACAAGGAAAUCUUGCACUUUGGAUUGCCGCUGCUGCAGAGGAUGGCAGGAAGAGACCUGGUGAACUCUAAGAUUUGCCCAGAGGGUGCUCAUGGCCUAGCGGCGAUGGCCACUGAACGACAAAUUGCGCCACAGGACGAGACGCUUUCGCUAUUGUUUCAGAGGAAGCAUGCUGCUUGCAAUGUGGCUGACGGCCCUUUGCUGGUGAAAGUGGAGAUGGCCGACUCUCAUGGCCUUUGCUCCCCAUUUUGGCUGAGUGGGAGUGUGCUGAAUGGUCAACUCAGCUUGGACACGCCCAGUGAUAUGCUGCAGCGCUGCUACAGCUUGUGGAGCAGACACAAGUCCCGGACAUGAUAGACAUCCGAGGGAUUGGACAACUGCAGACUGUAGACAAAGCGGCGGUACUGCACCAGUGCUGUGCUGACUCAACUUUGGCACAAUCGCGGACAUGUGUACCACACUGCCACAUCAAAAAUCCGCACGCAGCACCCCAAUGGGGUCAUCUCGGCAAGAUGGAAUGACAGAAGUUCACAGUGAACAAACGCUUGCUCGAAACUGAUACCUUGAGCAAUGGCAACAGGAGCGAGUAUUCAAAGCUUUUGAAACCAGACUCUCGAGCCCAGGGGCACAUUCACGGCAAGAGUGGUUGAGGUUCCUAUUGGACUAGCACAUGCUACUAUGAACCCCCAAAGGUCCACAGGGUGGCUUAGCGUCCAGAGGACUAGACUGAGCUGCUUGGAUUGUUCGAGCUUACUUGCUCUGCAAGAGCGCGGAGCAUCAAUGGAAUCCGAGCUCGAAGCUGUGAGG